CAGGUGCAGGUUACGAGAAAUCUAUGCGUGUUUAUCUGAAAGCAACGGUCCAAGAUUAGAAGCCUCUAAAUCAUUUCCUUCUUCACGUGACCAAAAAAAAAAAAAAAAAAAAAGGGAAAAAGAAGAAGAAGAAGCUCACAGUCACACCCAUCAUCAUCGAACCGAACGCCUUUUGCUUUUCCUUCAAAUUUUUUUUUCACUGGGUUCUUGUAGGUUGCAGUAAUGAGAGCUGAAAAAAAGCUUUAGGAAAAACGAAAAAAGAAUUGAAAAGGGUACCCAAAAUAUGCCUUUUUAUUCGAAUUCCUUUUGAGCUCGACAACAAUGGCCGAUGAUCUCUCUUCCUUCACCAAGGAUGCUUUCCUUGUAAAGGGUUUGAGGAAUUCCACGUUGGUGUGGAGGCUUGUCGUUUUGACCUUUGCAAUGGUCUGUGGCGUGUAUAUAUGUUCUAUUUGUCUGAAGCAGAUAGGCACUAGCAGUAAGAUUGGUUUUCUAGAUAUCAAGGUCAUUGAAAAGCCAUGUCCAGAACCUAACAUUGAACCUUGGGAGAUUCCUUACGUGCACUACCCAAAUCCCAAAACUUAUAGCAGGGAAGAAUGCGCAUGCAACCCUGUGCGCUAUUUCGCUAUUCUGUCAAUGCAAAGAUCUGGGAGUGGAUGGUUUGAGACAUUUUUAAACAGUCAUGUUAACAUAAGCUCAAACGGGGAAAUCUUUUCGGUUAAGGUGAGAAGGAGUAAUAUGUCAACAAUAACGGAGACUCUGGAUACAAUUUAUAAUCUAGAUUGGUUUAGUAGUGCUUCAAAAAAUGAGUGCACAACUGCAGUUGGCUUGAAGUGGAUGCUUAAUCAGGGAUUGAUGCAACAUCAUGAACAAAUUACUGAGUACUUCAGAAUACAUGGGGUUUCAGUCAUAUUUCUUUUCAGAAGGAAUCUUUUGCGCCGGAUGAUUUCUGUACUUGCAAAUGAAUAUGAUAGGAAUGCAAAGCUAUUAAAUGGGACUCACAAAUCUCAUGUUCAUUCACCUAAGGAGGCAGAGAUACUUGCAAAAUACAAGCCCACAAUCAAUUCAACAUUGCUGAUUGCAAACCUGAGGCAAGUGAAUGAAACCACCACCAAGGCCUUGGAAUAUUUCAAGAGCACCAGGCACAUUAUCGUAUACUACGAAGAUGUUGUCAAAAACCGCACUAUAUUAACGGACGUUCAGGAUUUUCUGAAGGUUCCUCGAAUGAAUUUAAAGAGUCGCCAGGUGAAGAUACAUAAAGGAUCCUUAUCCAGUCAAGUAGAAAAUUGGAAAAAUAUAACCAAGGCACUCACUGGGACACCAUAUGAGAGUUUGCUCCAUGAAGAUUACCGUAGGUAAACUGCUGGGUAUGUACAUACCACAUUUUGCCUUUUUUCUUUUUUCCACUUCCUUUUGCUGUUAGCAUUCUUCUAAUCUUUAGUCACAAGUUGCUGCAAGAGCCAACAGGACAACCACCCUGUUGAAAUUUUGGCCAGGGUCAGUUUUAUUUUGUUAACGUGUCUGUCUAUUCAAUUAUUAAUAUUCAAUUCAUUCUUUGUACUCAUGCCACUUUUUUUUUUUGUUCUAUUGAGCACUUGUAUUGGAAUC